CAUUGAACGCAUCGGCAACGAGGCGUUGUUUUGCUUGAAUAGGAGCGCCAACAUGGCGGCGAGCGGCGACUCACUCGAGUCCUGGCUUAACAAGGCCACCGAUCCUUCCAACAGACAAGAAGACUGGGAGUGUAUUACGGGAUUCUGCGACCAAAUCAAUAAGGAGCUCGAGGGACCGCAAAUAGCUGCAAGACUCUUGGUACACAAGGUCCAUUCACCACAGGAAUGGGAGGCACUACAAGCCUUGAUGGUACUGGAAGCUUGCAUGAAGAAUUGCGGCCAGAGGUUUCAGAACGAAGUGGGGAAAUUCCGCUUUCUAAAUGAGCUCAUUAAAGUGAUCUCACCCAAAUAUCUAGGAGACAAAGUGUCUGUCAAGUUGAAGUCAAAAGUGAUUGAGAUGAUUUACGGUUGGACCAUAUAUCUACCUGAGGAAACCAAAAUCUGUGAGGCUUAUCAGAUGUUGAAGAGUCAAGGCAUUGUGUUAGCUGACCCAGAGAUCUCUCUGGAUGCAAAAUUUGUGCCACCAUCUCCGUCUCAGCAGCCAAAGAGUCCUGUGUUUGAUGAUGAGCACAAAAGCAGAGUAAGAGCAACCGUUUUGAAUAAUUUCACACCCGGCAUGUUUGAACACGGCAUAUCAGCACUGAGCUCACCGUCCUCCUCAGUCUCCUUUUAUCCUUAUGACAUAAAGUUCACGCCAAUCUUUCCACUCUCAUCUAAACCAGGUGACAUCUUGCAGGCCAACGAUGACCUCACCAGUAUAAUUAAUUCUUGCAAGGAAAUUGUGGAAAGCCAAUCCAUAAAUGGAGUGACUAAAACACCAUCAGCAGUCAAACGAGGCACCAGCUGCACACCCCGAACAGAGAGUCUGAUUGAUUUGACAACAGACGUGGACAUCUCAGCUUUCUCCCAACUAAGAGAGAAAGAUUCGACAUCGAAUGUGAUUUCUCAUGUUGAUCUUCUAUGCGGAACCGCUGUUGCUGUACCAUCCCCUGCGAGCUCUGACAAGGUGCCCGCAUCGUUUUCUCUCCUGGAUGAAGAGCUGCUGACUUUAGACUCUCCCGGAACUGUUGCCACUGAAUCCGUUCUACCCACCAGUAUAAACAAAUCCCUACAGCCCUUCCAGAAUUAUAAUCAGGACAUGGAUCUUUUGGACACCACCGCAAAAAUUAGACCCGCAGACCCCAUGUCAAACCUCGCCUUGGGGUUAGCCACCCCACUCUCGUCCUCGUCCACUCUCCAGACACGAAUCGGUCCAGUCCAGAGCGCAUCGGUCCCAGUGGAUUCGCCAUGGUCAGCCACCGCGGUUACCUUCCCACAGUCCUUUGCCGAUGCACAGCUUUCCCCAUUGGCGCCGUCUUUACUGGAUCAAAGUCAGCAAAACCUAGCCCUGCUUGAUUUAGGCGGUAAUAAAAGCAUCCCCGGGGUGCACUUUGACAACACGAAAGCCAAGCAUGGCAGUUUGUGUUCUCCUGCCAAUCUCCUGCACCAAGAAGCCGUUCCAGUCACACUUGGCUGCCCCCCGGCUCGAAGUCUAUCCAACAAUAAUCAGACCUCUUUAAACGGGCUAGAUGAGACGUCUCUCGCUGAUCUCUUUGUCCCUUUACAUGCUGUCAAACCAAGUAAGAUAUGUCCGGUCACAGCAUACGACAGAGGUGGCGUUCGACUACUUCUGCAUUUCGCCAGUGACUGUCCACCCGGCAGGUCUGACGUGUUGGUAAUUGUGGCCUCCAUGCUGAAUACAUCCCCGCUUCCUGUGAAGGACAUAGUACUGCAGGCUGCUGUUCCCAAGACCAUGAAAGUGAAAUUGCAGCCGCCUUCUGGGACACAUCUAGCUCCUUUCAACCCCAUCCUGCCUCCCGCUGUCAUCACUCAGGUCGUGCUGCUUGCCAAUCCUCACAAGGAAAAGGUUCGGAUGAGGUACAAGCUGACAUUCACGCUGGAUGAGCAGCCCUACACAGACGUCGGGGAAGUGAACGAAUUUCCACUUCCUGACAGAUUGGGACGGGGGCUGUGACUCCACAUCACACCCCCUUCUGGAUUAUUUUUAAAAAAUGGAUUUACCAGUGCAGGCCAUGAGAAAGGAACAGUUGUCGGGAAUAUGCCACACUCACAAAUGCUGCAUUUCUCAUUUCUGCUCAGGGGGUGCCCAUUUUGCCACUUGGUGUUGAUUGAUGAUGACCAAUCACAGCUGACCUAGUUUCUGAGUUUUAUCCAACAUACUGGUACUUAAAGGGUCCUGCAUUUCUGACAUGUACGUAUCUUAAAAUUAACACCGUAGCAAUAACUGACCCAUAUCCAACUUAAGAUAUGACAAAAUGUGCUCCUAAAGAGUACUGAACUAAAAUGUAAACACAAUUAUUUUUCCCAACACAGAUCUCCUGUUCAAAUUGUGGUUAAAAACAGUACGAUUUCCCAUACUUAUAUAUAACAUGCACUUCUAACAUUGCUAAGUUUUAAACCUCAUUUUAUGUAAACAAAUGGACCUUGGAGGUGAAGGUGUGCCGGAAUCGACAUCUUGAUGCAGUGUUUGCCUUUGCUCAAGUUUAACAUUCACGACAGUGCACCGAGCCCACAUUGUGAUCACAAAUCAUACAUCAUUCAUUGUGUCUAAUUGCUCUCAUAUAGUGUUUGACUUUCCAUCAAGUCAAAAUGUUUGCACGAUUUGUUAAGGUACAAAAAAAAAAAGCUCCACAUUUGUUUGUGAAGAUGAACACUUUUUUUUUGUUGUUGUUUAUCAGUCUGUGAUUAAUCAUUCCUUCUGGCCAAGGAAGGCAGGAGCCCGACUUGCAAAAAACAAAAUUGCUUUUUAUUCGUCCACUUGUGUUGUACUUAAUUAUUUAUUGAUAUACACACUAUUUAUUCUUAUUCGUGGUGGCUGUAAGGGUUACAACGUUUUUUACUUGCGUAAAUACUGUGACAUACUGCGCAAAAGAUGUUAGUGAAGGUCCCCAUGCACAAGAAGAAACGCUACUUCCUGCAUCAUGAAGACAGUCAGCUUAUUACUAGGUGAUCUUUUUUUUUUCUUCGAAGGUACAAAGCAGUCAGUCUCUUUUUUGACUGUGUUAAUGGUCUAAGUUUACUUUGCCUGUAUUUGGUUUCCUAUGUGAAAAGGAUAUUUAGAGAUAACAUAUUUAUGACAGUCAA